AUGUUGGAGAAAACAGAAAAAUAAAUUCAAAAUAAUAAUGUAGAUUUACAAACAAAGAAUGAAAUCACAAAGAAAAGCUUCAAUUAAAAAGGAUAAAAAUAAAACAAUCCAGCUGAAUAAUAUGAGCCAAUAGAAACAAUAUUAGAUUCCGCAUUUUAUAAAGUUGAUGUCAUUUAGUUAGCUUAGAAAUUGAUUGGCAAAAUAAUAGUAAGAACCCUUCCAUAGGGAGAGGUAAGAGCAUUGAUUGUUGAAGCAGAAGCCUAUAAAGCGCCUGAGGAUAAGGCCUGCCAUGCAUAUAAUAAUAAAAAGACAGAAAGGACACAAUAUUUUUGGCAAGAUGGUGGACACUUGUAUAUCUAUUCAAUUUAUGGAAAUAAUUAUUGCUUCAAUAUCACAGCAGCCACAAAGAAUGAUCCUGAAGCUGUUCUCAUAAGAGCGAUUCAACCUUUAAAGUUUGAUAUUGUUAAAGAUAUCAGGAAGAUAAAGUCUUUUAAAUUGUAAGAACUAUCUAAUGGUCCUGGGAAAUGUGGAGAAUGCUUGCAACUUGACAAGAGUCAUAAUGGGUUAAAUUUAUGUGAUAAGAACAGCGGAAUGUAUCUAAUUGAUAACUCAACUAAAUAUGAAAUAGGGAUUUCUAGUCGAAUAAAUAUUGAUUAUGCGGAAGAAUACAAGGAUAAACCUUGGAGAUUUUAUAUCAAAAAUAAUAGUUUUGUUUCAAAAAAAGGGUGA